AUGCAGCCGGAUAUAGAAAGCAGAGUUGGUUUGGGUAAGAAAGGAUACGCGCUCGGUAUAAACGACAAUCUGCUUCUUCACGAUCGGCACCCCUACACAUUUAAUCAUGUUGCCGAGGCCUUCGAAGCUGUUCUUGGUGCUAUCUACUUGGACUCUGGGAACAACAUCGAAACCGUCAAGGAAGUUAUCACCGGAAUCAAGCUCGAUCGUCACAAGGGGUUAGAAGAGCAGAUUACGGCCCAGGAUCGUCUGGACAGUAAAAGACUUGCGGCGCUACAGUACUCUGAUUAUAUGAGGAACCAAGCUGCGUACACUAAAAAAGCCCAGCUGGAGCAUGAUGCAGCACUGGCAGCGAAAGAAGCAGCAAAACUGGCGGAAAAACAGGUGGCAGAUCAGCCUAGAGAGGAGGCGCAAGAAGACAAUAUGUCCACCAAAAGUCAAAUACACGAUGGACACUCGGGAACAGUUCAGCCUCAAACUAAGAAGAAGAGCAGCGUUGCGCUCACACAUGCGGAGGCCUCGAAAAAUCUAGCCGAUUCCGUGAUCGAAUAUCGCACGAAUGGUCACCCGAGUGACGCAAAGGAUCUUGGCCGACUUGCUAGACAAGACGCGCAACGCCAAAGUCCAGCCUCGAAGGAAAAAGCACCAUCACAGAAUUCCAAUCAGGGAUCAGAUUCAAAACUGCAACGACGCGCGGUCGUAGCUGCCAACAAGCUAUCGAAAGAAGGCUACCUAUCAAAUGAUGUCUUGGAACACGAUGACAAGAAAACAGUCUCUAAACUCCAAGGUCUGCCAACAUCUCACGUCGAGAACCAGGACAAGGUAGUCACCCGAGGCACCAAACUAUCGCCGGAGGAAGAAGCAGAUGAGUUUGUCGCAUCGAUGAAGUUUCCAGCAGAAAUAGAAUCAUCUGAGGGCUUGAAAAGCAGUGAGAAACGCAUCCUGAGAAUAUCAUGGGACAUGGCGGUACGCAAAUGCGCCGACAGCAUCAGAAUAAGCGAGGAGAGAGACUUUGAGGGAACGUUUGCGCAUAGGUUGAAGCGAAUGGUACGGUACCAGGUAAAUGCUGGUUUAGUGAAAAACGAAACGAAAGAAACGAUUAGGCUUCUCCGCCUGUCAGCAAGGCUUCGAGGCCACAGCUGGGGAGAAAAACAGGAGAAGACAUAUCGCAAGACCAAUUCAAAGGUUCCAAUCAAACCUAGUCGAGAGACAACACAGGCACCGGUGAGUGUUUCACCAGAGCCGAAAGCUGCGACGGCAACGAAAGCAAAUCCUACACCACAAGAGACAGAUCCUGCACUGGAGAUAAUAGGCACUGUACAAGAGAAAGCAGAGCCUCUACUAGAGACUGGUAUGAACAACGAUAAGCCAGUCCAAAGACGCUCAGACUCGCCGAAGGAAUCCCAUCUUGCAGACGCAGCCACCACAGAGAUGGAAGAUGAAAAGAACAUACAAGUGCGCACUAAGGAUGUUGAAUCACUAGAAAGAGAUAUUCUCAACUCGCAUAACACCGUAUGGCAAACGGCCGAUACUGCAGAUGCGUCAACAUCAGAGCAGCACAGCGGACGCACAACUCGUGCACGCCGUUCUGCUGCGGAUGGCCAGGCGGAGAAGCCAUCUGAUCUAAACGAGUUCUUCGAAUCGGACACGGACAGGUUCAUGUCUACUAUCACGCAAAAUGAUUCAGAAGCGUCCGACGCCCCUCAACCGAAACCUCAUGAGGAAUCUGAUAUGCAGUCUUCGGAAUCUUCUAAGGAGCAAGGAGAAUCUUCCGCCCCAUCUGCAAGGAUAACAAAACAAAAACGUCCCAACCGAGCCACGCGUCGUCGAUCACAACAUUCAUGA